AUGCAGAACUGGAUCAUGCAGAAGACCGCUGAGCACUUCCAGGAGGCUGUUGCCGAGAGCAGGGCGCACUUCCGAGCCGUGGACCCUGAUGGUGACGGCCACGUAUCUUGGGAUGAGUACAAGGUGAAGUUUUUGGCCACCAAAGGACACAAUGAGAGAGAAGUUGCUGAAAAGAUAAAGAAUAAGUGGGACCUGAACAUCGAUGAGGAGACACAGGAAGUCCUGGAGAACCUCAAAGACCGCUGGUAUCAGGCUGACAACCCGCCCCCGGACCUGCUGCUGACAGAGAGCGAGUUCCUAUCGUUCCUGCACCCCGAGCACAGUCGUGGCAUGCUGCAGUUCAUGGUCAAGGAGAUCAUCCGGGACCUGGACCAGGACGGUGACAAGAAGCUCUCGCAGUCUGAGUUAAUCUCUCUGCCCGUGGGCACCGUGGAGAACCAGCAGGGCCUGGAUGUUGAUGACGGCUGGGUGCGGGAUAGGAAGAGAGAGUUUGAGGAGCUAAUGGAUGCCAACCACGAUGGGAUCGUGACCAUGGCGGAGUUGGAGGACUACAUGGACCCCAUGAACGAGUUCAGCGCCCUCAAUGAGGCCAAGCAGAUGAUCGCUAUCGCUGACGAGAACCAGAAUCACUACUUGGAGCCCGAGGAGGUGCUGAAGUACAGUGAGUUCUUCACAGGCAGCAAGCUGGUGGACUACGCCCGCAGCGUGCACGAGGAGUUCUGA